AGAAAAUUUAGAAGAAUUAUAGAAUAAGUGUAAACAUACGAAAUGCCACUGAAAAAGAAAGGAAAGAAAAAACCAAAGUCAGCCAAACGCAAAGAUGAUAAACACGACGCUGUCGGGGAUGAUGGAGACCCGGGAACCCUGAUAGCAGACGGUACAACCGACCUCGGAAAAGAGGGGGGCAAGAAAAAGAAAGGAAGAAAAAAGAAGGCAAAAUUAUCAAAGUCAGAGAAAGUUUUGGAAAAACUUGAGAAAGCAUGUGACAAGCUGAAGAAUCAGAAGGAAUUCUAUCAUGAUUUCAUUCAAGAAAUGGACAGAUGGUUAGUUAACCAUUCUGAUCAGAUAGUUGAAAUGUUUAAAGAGUUUGAUGAAGAAGGAGAUGGUUUCAUUUCAUAUGAUGACUUUAAAUCAGGUAUGUUUGAUGCAGGAUUAACUCUAAAUGACACUCAAGUGCAUCUUCUUGCAAAGUUACUGGACAAAGAUAACAGCGGUGAUAUUGACUACACAGAAAUUUCCAAAGGACUGCAAUAUGCCAAAGAAUUAGAAGAGAUUGACAGAGAGGCAGAAGAGGCAGAGAAAAUUCUGAUAGUGCUGCCAAAAAAGAGCGAGAAAUGUCCAGGCUGCAAAAUGGGAAUAGACAAACCCUACAGGAAUAAAUAUCCUAAAUAUAUAUGGUUGGAACUAAGACUAGUGACAUUUGAUCGAGAUCUCCGAAAUCAUCCUGGGCACUUGGAAGUAAUGGUCCAAGCCGACACAACAGUUUACAGCAUACUGCAAUUAAUCACCAAAGAAACAGGAAUCCUAUCCACAAAGUUGUCCGUUUUCUCGGAUGACUCUCGCAGCAGGGAGGCCAUGUUGGUUCCCGAGUACACCCUCCAGGAACUGGGUUACGAGGGGGGCACUCAAGAUGACCCCCAGGAAGUGACACUGUACUAUGACUAUAAAGUAGAAUUUACGGAAUGUCCCAUCCUGCUUUGUGAUCACUAUUUAAGGGAUAAUGAUGAUUAAAUGAAAAUCUGUUCAAGUCAAAAAUUUAUAUAAAAA